AGUAGCGGCUAUCGCUCACGCUGUUUGCUGGUGGUGCUGCUGGCUGGCUAACUAUUGCUCGGUCGUACAUCAUGGCUGCUUCAAAGCCAGUCGAGCCACAGUCCGGUACUGGACUACCCCGGUGGCAGCUGGCACUGUUAGUCGGGACUCCCAUAGUGCUUGGAGUGGGGGCGGUUUACCUCUGGAAUCGCAGCAGGACGAAGGAAAGGAAAGGGACCGGGGAGCGGAAAACACCAGAAGGUAGCGCCAGUCCCGUGCAGGGCCAAGACGGCGCAGCACGAGCCAGCCGGGAGCAGGAGAACAUGAGCCCAUUGGAUCGGGCCCAGGCAGCAAAGAACAAGGGCAACAAGUACUUUAAGGCUGGCAAAUAUGAGAACGCCAUCCAGUGCUACACAGAGGCCAUUGGUCUGUGCCCCACAGAGCAGAAGACUGAUUUAUCAACGUUUUACCAGAACAGAGCAGCAGCCUACGAGCAGCAGAUGAAAUGGACAGAAGUGGUGCAGGACUGCUGUCAGGCUGUGGAACUGAAUCCACGUUAUGUCAAGGCUCUGUUCAGGAGGGCUAAAGCUCUGGAAAAACUAGACAACAAGAAGGAGUGCCUAGAGGACGUCACAGCGGUAUGUAUUCUUGAGGCCUUCCAGAACCAACAGAGCAUGUUGCUAGCAGACAAGGUACUGAAACAGCUGGGAAAAGAGAAGGCCAAAGAGAAAUACAAGAACCGUGAACCGAUGAUGCCCUCUCCUCAGUUCAUCAAAUCCUACUUUAGCUCGUUCACCGAUGACAUCAUCUCACAGCCCCUGCAGAAGGGGGAGAAGAAAGACGAAGACAAGGACAAGGAGGGCGAGGCAGCUGAGGUCACUGCGAGCUCUGGCUACCUGAAGGCAAAGCAGUACAUGGAGGAGGAGAACUAUGACAAAAUCAUCAGUGAAUGCACCAAGGAGAUCGAGUCAGGUGGUCGAUACACUGCCGAGGCCCUCCUGCUGCGUGCCACAUUCUACCUGCUGAUUGGUAACGCUACUGCUGCUCAGCCUGAUUUGGACCGGGUAAUCAACAUGCAGGACGCCAACGUGAAGCUACGAGCCAAUGCUUUAAUCAAGCGUGGAAGCAUGUACAUGCAGCAGCAGCAGCCAAUGCUCUCUACACAAGACUUCAACAUGGCAGCCGAGAUUGACACACGCAACCCUGAUGUGUAUCACCACAGGGGUCAGCUGAAAAUCCUGCUGGACCAGGUGGACGAGGCCGUGGGAGACUUUGACGAGUGCAUCCUGCUCAGGCCCGACUCUGCUCUUGCCCAGGCACAGAAAUGCUUUGCUCUUUACAGACAAGCAUAUACUGGAAACAACCCCUCACAAGUACAGACAGCCAUGGACGGCUUUGAGGACGUUAUCAGAAGGUUCCCCAAGUGUGCAGAGGGCUACGCUCUUUAUGCUCAGGCUUUGACUGAUCAGCAGCAGUUUGGAAAAGCGGACGAGAUGUAUGACAAGUGUAUUGAACUGGAACCAGAUAAUGCUACCACAUAUGUCCACAAGGGUUUGUUACAGCUUCAGUGGAAACAAGACCUUGACUUGGGUCUGGAGCUCAUCAGUAAGGCCAUUGAAAUUGACAACAAAUGUGACUUUGCCUAUGAAACCAUGGGAACUAUUGAAGUUCAAAGGGGCAAUCUGGACAAGGCAAUAGAAAUGUUCAACAAGGCAAUUAACCUGGCCAAGUCAGAGAUGGAGAUGGCCCAUUUGUACUCGUUAUGUGAUGCAGCAUACGCCCAGACUGAAGUAGCAAGGAAGUAUGGGCUGAAACCCCCGACACUGUAACUUGCCCACCAACUGAUCGCCAAUCUCUUCAUUGCUCAACCUAACUGUGUUAAAAGUGCAACUGUCUGAGCUACUUUGAUUUGUAAAAAAUGAGUACUGGAUUAUAAGAAAAAAAAAAGUAAAGCCCUGAAUAUAGAUUGUGUUUACAUCACAUUAAAGGGGGUUGUUGUCACGAAAAGACAGAUUUCUAUUCACAAUCAAGCCGAGGUUUUCGUGUCAGGGUGGGAAGUUGGGUGGGGGGCCACUUAAUUCAACCAGAACGUCAUUGUCCAACCUUUUUAUUGGUCUGAAUAAAGAGAAAGAUCGUAUCAUCUAGAGAGAAAAACAUACAUGAAUGGCCAUGUAUACCUAUCUAAAUGAAUAGUAGCAAUGUAAAAUGUAAGAGAAUUGAACUACGCGCAGUCUUUUGAACCAGUUGCUGACUUUAAGGCUUUUGUGACACCUCAAUCUACAGAAAAUACUGUGAGAGCUUUAUAUAGUUCUGAUGGACUGUUCACCUGUUAAUUUAUGCCGAUCUAAAGUGGUUUUGUCCAGCUCCUUUCAUAUUGUAACAUACAUAAUCAGUUCCGAAUGCAAGAUUGAAACUGUAGUCAAAUGUGUAAUGUCUGUGUUUGUAAUGCUGGAAUUGAUCUCAUGGACUUGGGCUAACGGAGAGGUUUAGCAUCCUGAAGUGUUUUUUUUUAAUUAUGGGAUUGCCUGUUUUUUUUUUAUAUAUAUAUAAACAUACUUUGUGCAGCAUGUUCACUUUAUAAAUAAAUGUAAAUGCAAUGCU